AUGGUACUUGCCGCUAAAAGCUCGUUUCGGUGGGACACGAAAAAUUCGGGAACUUGUGUUGGCUUUAGAAAUUGGAAAUUGUUGGCUUUUUUAAACAUGUUCACACAAAAUAAAAGGGAUGACGGACCAGGAUUUGUAGGAAUUCGUUUCUGUCCUAGUUGUAACAACAUGUUGUAUCCCAAGGAAGACAAGGAAAAUCGAGCUCUACUUUACGCAUGUCGGAAUUGUGAUUUUAAAACUUUGGCUGAUAAUCACUGUGUCUAUGUCAACAAGAUCAUGCACGAAAUUGAUGAACUGACUCAGAUAGUGGCUGAUGUCAUAUCAGACCCUACACUGCCGAGAACUGAGGAUCACCCAUGUCCCAAAUGCACUCACCGAGAGGCAGUAUUUUUCCAAUCUCAGUCACGACGAGCAGAAGAGGAAAUGAGACUUUACUAUGUCUGCACCAAUUCAAAUUGCACACACAGAUGGACUGAGUAACAUUCCUACCCAUCUCUUAAAAUUCUCAUCAAAAAUGUAAACUUUUUUAUUGCAAUUAAAACGUGGAUGAAGAAACAUCAAA